AUGGGGGAGGACAGGAAGGGGAUGGUGGCGCCAUGGGUGGCCGCCGUCGAGCGCCAGCUGAAGCAGGACGGUGUCGCUGAUCCGGUGGCGGAGGCGGCGCGGUGGCGGAAGCACUCCGUGUACCGCGUGCCGGCGCACAUCAAGAAGGACGGGAAGGGGAAGCAGCAGCAGGCGGCGGCGGCGGCGUCGCCGUACGAGCCGCAGCUGGUGUCGCUGGGGCCGUUCCACCACGGCCGCGCCGACCUGCUGCCGAUGGAGGAGCACAAGCGGCGGGCGCUGCUGCACCUUCUCCGGCGGACGGGGAGGCGCGCCGGGGACCUCGUCUUGGCGGUGGAGGCCGUGGCGGAGACGCUGGGGGACGCGUACAUGGACCUCGACGACGGCCGGUGGCGCGGCGACGGCGACGGCGGCGGCGGCAGGGACAGGUUCGUGGAGGUGAUGGUGACGGACGGGUGCUUCCUGCUCGAGGUGAUGCGCACGGCGGAGGUGGGCGGCGAGGUCGACGACUACGCGGCGAACGACCCCGUGUUCAGCCGCCACGGCGAGCUGUACGUGUUCCCGUACGUCCGCCGCGACAUGCUCAUGAUGGAGAACCAGCUGCCGCUGCUCGUUCUCCAGCGCCUCGUCGGCGUCGUCUACGGCGCUCACAAAUCGACGGACGACGCGAUCAACGACAUGGUGCUCCGAUUCGUGUCGAUGACGCCUGACCCGCCGCCGGUGAGCAGCGGCGCCCUGGCGCUGCACCCCAUCGACGUCUGCCACCGUAGCCUCCUCCACGGCGCGCCGCCGCCGACGAGCAGCAGCAGCAAGGGGCAGCGGGAGGACGACUUCGUGCCGUCGGCGACGGAGCUGGAGCAGGCGGGCGUCCACUUCAGCCGGAGCGCGACGCGGAGCCUCCGCGACGUCAGCUUCCGCCGCGGCACGCUCUACAUCCCGGAGCUCGCCGUGGACGACACGACGGAGCACAAGCUGUUCAGCCUGAUGGCGUACGAGCGCCUCCACCCGGGCGCCGCCGCCAACGAGGUGACGGCGUACGUGUUCUUCAUGGACAGCGUCAUCAAGAGCUCCGACGACGCGCGGCGGCUGUCGGCGAGCGCCAUCGUGGACAACGGGCUCGGCAGCGACAAGGCGGUGGCGGAGAUGUUCAACCGGCUGGCGAAAGGGGCGGUGCUGGACCGCCGGAGCGCGCUGCACGACGUGCACCGGGAGGUGAACGCCUACCGGAGGAAGCGGCGGAACAAGUGGCGGGCCAGCCUCGUGCAGAACCACGCCGGCAACCCCUGGGCGAUCGUCUCCCUCGUCGUCGCCUUCGUCCUCCUCGUCCUCACCGUCGUGCAGACCGUCUACACCGUGCUGCCUUACUACCAGCAGGAGCGCGGCGGCGGCGGAGGAGGAGAGUCGAUAUUAGUUGGGGAUGACCAAUUCUAUGAGCUAUUGGGUUUGAGGGCUGAAGAUGAGGCUGAGUUCGCUAGGCAAGCUGAUGCUCAUGGUGUACGUCCUGAUGUUGUUGGUGCUACAGCUGGCGAGGGUGCUGCUGGUGCUGAUGGAUGUGAUGUUACUGGGGCAGCAAUUUCAGUUCAUGAUGAAGUCCCAGGGGAUAGGGUCAUGGCAUAUGACCCUAAUAAUCGUUGCAUGAAGGCUAGCACAGUGUACCCUAACAUGAAGGAAUUUAGAUUUGCCAUGAGACAGUUUGCUAUAAAUGCAGAGUUUGAGUUAAAGUUGGUGAAAACUGGCCCUGAGAGAUACAUUGCUGGUUGCAAAGUUGAAGGAUGCCCUUGGCAUAUUGUUGGACAUUAA